AUGAUUACUUCGGUGUCUAGAUUGGCUGCUAGGCGCGGAGCUCGUCGAGUUUCUAGUAGCGCUACCUAUGCCUUGUCCCGUUCUCCUUUGGCUCGUCCCACGUCGGUUUCUUCGAAUUUGAUUGCAGGAAGGCCCUCUCUUUGGUAUUCUACCGAGAGGGUUCUCGAACUACGCAGUGGACUCAGUGCUGACAAACAGCCCAAGGUUCUUUAUGAUCCCAAAAAUGAAAAGGAAAAUUGUGGUGUAGGCUUAAUUGCCUCGCUCAAGUCAGUGCCUUCCAGGCAUGUAGUUGAUGUGGCCGAUGAAAUGUUGGUUCGAAUGUCUCACCGAGGAGGUUGUGGGUGUGAUCCUGCAUCUGGAGAUGGAGCAGGAAUGCUCUUUGGAAUGCCGGACUCUUUCAUGAGACAUCAAGCCAAGGAACUUUUCGGUGUCGAAUUGCCUGAAUCGGGAAAGUUCGCAGUUGCAAACGUAUUUUUCCCUCCUGGUAGUGACAAGGAUGAUAAGCUGAUCGACUGUAAGGGAAUUUUGGAACGGCUUGUUAAAGAACGCUCGCUCACUACGAUCGGAUGGAGACCUGUGCCAGUCGAUAAUUCCAUGCUGGGACGAGAUCCUCUAGACUCAGAGCCAAUUACGGAACAAAUCUUUGUUGUCAACUCCAAGGGUAUUCCACAAAAAGCUUUUGAACAGGAGCUACUGAGGGUUCGAAAAAUGGCUGAAGACGAAGUUGCAGGCAUGCUCGGACCCGAAAGUGGUUUCUACAUUAACUCCCUUGCUGGAAGUCACAUCACUUACAAGGGACAGUUGACACCUGAGCAAGUCUCACAGUACUACUUGGACUUGAAGGAUCCUCUGUUUAUCUCCCACUUGGCAUUGGUCCACUCGCGAUUUUCGACCAACACUUUCCCAUCCUGGGAACGUGCACAACCCAUUCGUAUGAUGUGCCAUAACGGAGAAAUCAACACUCUCACUGGUAACAAGAACUGGAUGUACAGCCGUGGAGGAAUCAUGGAAUCGCCAAUCUAUGGCGACGACACCAACCAUCUCCUCCCCGCCACUUCUGAUAAUAUGAGUGACUCGGGAAAUUUUGACUCGGUCCUUGAGUUGCUCACCAAGGCAUCCAACAGAUCGCUUCCCGAGGCAGUCAUGAUGAUGAUCCCCGAAGCCUGGCAAGACAACUACAACUUGUCAGACACAAAGAAAGCUUUCUACGAAUACAACUCUUGCGUCAUGGAACCUUGGGAUGGGCCUGCCAUGGUUGCCUUCACUGAUGGAAGGUACAUUGGUGCCACCCUGGAUCGCAAUGGACUCCGUCCUUCCCGCUACUAUGUGACAAAGGACGACCAUGUUGUGUUGUCCUCGGAAAUUGGAGUUUGCCCAGACCUCCCGGAUUCUGAGGUCAAGGUCAAGCACAGGCUGGAACCUGGAAAGAUGUUCCUUGUCGACUUUGAAACAGAACGUGUCGUUCCCGACGACGAGAUCAAGGAACAAGUCUCUUCAAUGCACCCUUAUGGAGAAUGGGUUGAAAAGGGUAUGAUUGAUCUCGAAAAAUGGACAGCACAAAAGGGCAUCACACGCCAACCGAUGGACUUCUCCCAGACCAACCGAAAACUCAACAUGUUCGGCUUCAGCAGUGAAAAGUUGGACAUGCUAUUGAUGCCGAUGGCAGUGGGUGGAAAGGAACCACUUGGAAGCAUGGGAAACGAUGCGGCUCUUGCUGUUUUGUCCGAACAUCCCCGGCAAGUGAAUGACUACUUCAAGCAACUUUUCGCUCAAGUGACAAACCCCCCAAUUGAUCCUAUCCGUGAAGAAAUUGUGAUGAGUCUUGUGUGCCCAGUUGGUCCUGAAGGCAACCUCCUGCAAGAUCCUUCUCCUGAUCAUUGCAGACGUUUGGUAGUGCGCCAUCCUGUCCUUACUCUAGACGAAAUGGAAACUCUCAAGAACGAUCAAUAUGCGAGCGGCGACGGAUCCGGAUUCAAGACAGCGAUUAUCGACGUUACUUUCCCAGCGGGUAGUGGCCCCGAUGGAAUGAUCCAGGCUCUCGAGAGAAUUUGUGACGAGUGCGCGGACGCCAUUCAAGAUAACAUUGGAGAGAAGGGCGUUGAGGGUGUCAUUUUGUCUGAUCGCUUUGCUGGGCCUGACAGGAUUCCUCUCCCUUCAUUGCUCGCCGUUGGCGCAGUUCAUCAGCAUUUGUUGAAGACCAAGCAGCGACCCAAGGCCGCCAUCUUUGCGGAAGUGGGCGAUGCGAAGGAGGUGCAUGACUUUGCAACCAUCUUUGGAUUUGGCUGUGAUGGGGUUUGCCCAUACAUGGCGUACGAAGCUUUGUGCAAGAUGAAUGCUGAAGGUAUGAUGGAAGCUAGGACCAAGCGCGAAUUCACUGACGACGAGGCCAUGGCCAAUUACAGGAAGGCCGCUGCUAAAGGACUUCUAAAGGUUAUGAGCAAGAUGGGUAUCUCGACUCUGCAGAGCUACAAGGCCGCCCAGAUCUUUGAGGCUGUUGGUCUUGCCGAUGAAGUUGUCGAUCGCUGCUUUACUGGCACCACCACACGUAUCCAAGGAACUGACUUCGAAGCAAUCUAUCGUGACCUUGAGCGUUUCCACGAUACUGCCUACCCGCCUCACGAGCUCGAAGAGACCAACCUUGUAAGGAGCGACGGCCAAUUCCAUUACCGUGAUGGCGGAGAAGCCCAUCUCAACACUCCUGCAGGAAUGGUGAACCUGCAAAUUGCAGCACGCACCAACGCCAAGGAAGCGUACAAAGAGUUCGCCCGUAUUACUAACGAGCAAAACAAGAAGGUUACUUUGCGAGGCCAGCUAAAGUUCAAGUUUAACCCGAGCAACGCCGUGCCAUUGGACGAAGUCGAACCUGUCGCUGAGAUUGUCAAGCGAUUCGCAACUGGCGCCAUGUCUCUUGGUUCCAUCAGUCAAGAAGCUCACGAAACAUUGGCCAAGGCAAUGAAUCACUUGGGCGGAAGGUCGAACACCGGUGAAGGAGGAGAAGAUCCGCUUCGCUUCUUGGAUAACCGUCGCUCGAGUAUCAAGCAGGUAGCAUCCGGCCGAUUCGGAGUGACAUCGCAUUAUCUUGCAAACAGCGACCAGAUUCAAAUCAAGAUGGCUCAAGGUGCUAAGCCUGGAGAAGGAGGUGAACUUCCAGGCUUCAAAGUGUCGGAAUACAUCGCAGCAAACCGUCACACCACCCCUGGAGUUGGUUUGAUUUCACCUCCUCCCCAUCACGACAUUUAUUCCAUUGAGGAUCUUGCUCAGCUCAUCCAUGAUUUGAAGAAUGCUCAGCCAAAUGGCGAAGUGUCGGUCAAGCUUGUUUCUGAAGUCGGUGUUGGUGUCGUCGCAGCUGGUGUUGCCAAGGCACUUUCUGAUCAUAUCACCAUUAGUGGACACGACGGCGGAACAGGUGCCGCUGCAUGGACUGGAGUGAAAGGAGCCGGUCUUCCUUGGGAGCUCGGUCUCGCGGAAACUCAGCAGACCUUGGUUCUCAAUGGUCUUCGCGACAGAAUCAAGCUGCAGGCAGAUGGGCAGUUGAAGACGGGACGUGAUGUUGCAAUCGCCGCACUUCUUGGCGCUGAAGAGUUUGGUUUUGCUACCGCACCCCUCAUUGCCAUGGGAUGCAUCAUGAUGCGCAAGUGCCACUUGAACACAUGCCCUGUUGGCAUUGCUACGCAAGACGAGGAGCUUCGGCGCAAGUUCUCGGGACAACCCGAGCACGUUGUGAACUACUUCUUCUUCCUUGCCGAGGAAGUUCGGGAAAUCAUGGCGAAGCUUGGGUAUCGAACAAUGGAGGAGAUGAUUGGUCAGACACAGCACCUGGAAGCGAACAAACGUGGUUUGCAUUACAAGAGCCGAGGACUCGACUUGAGCCCUCUGUUGACGCCUGCUUCGGAGCUUAACCCCUCGGCUGGAAUCAUGAACCGCACAACCCAGGACCAUGGGCUGGCUUUGAAGAAGGACAACAGCUUCAUCGAGAAGGCCAAGGCAGCCUUGGAGUCGAAGCAGCCUAUUGUUAUUGAAGACGAGACCAACAACCUCGACCGCACGCUUGGAACGAUGCUGUCAUACGAAGUGUCAAGUCGUUUUGGCGGCGAAGGUCUUCCAGACGAUACGAUCCACCUGAAGCUCCACGGUCAUGGAGGCCAGUCGAUGGGUUUCACGCUUGCCAAAGGUAUCACCUUGACUGUUGAAGGAGAUGCCAACGACUACACUGGCAAGGGUCUUUCUGGCGGAAAGAUCGCUGUGUUCCCCUCUGAAGAUGUUGUGGCGCAAGGUUUCAAGGCCGAAGAGCAUGUUGUCGUGGGCAACGUUUGUCUUUACGGAGCAACUGGCGGAAAGGCAUUCUUCCGUGGAAAGGCCGGGGAACGUUUUUGUGUUCGAAACUCUGGCGCCCUUGCCGUUGUGGAGGGAGUCGGCGACCACGGCUGUGAGUACAUGACUGGUGGCACCAUGGUGUGCCUCGGACCCACCGGCCGUAACUUUGCAGCUGGUAUGAGCGGCGGCAUUGCCUAUGUCUACGAUCCUGAUGGCGAAUUCCCUAAGCGAUGCAACAUGGGGUUGGUUGGCCUUGAAACCAUGGACACCCCCGAAGAGCAGCAAGAGGUCUAUGAGUACAUCCAGGAGCAUGUUGCCAUGACAGGAAGUGCCGUCGGCCAAGAAAUGCUUGACAACUGGGACACACGCGUUGGGCAGUUCACAAAGGUCUUCCCUCACGAUUACAAGCGAGUACUGCUGGAGCGCGCAGAAGCCGCCAAGAAAGCAGCAGCUGCGUAA